AUGGCAGCCGACCUCUCCGCCUCUGUUGAGGCGUUGACCCUCCAGUCAACCCAGAAUGUCUCGAAGUACUCGUCAUGCUUUCCUACUUUGAACCCCAUGGAUAUCUACCGCGAGCACAUUGCGACCAAGCUCAGCGAGGCAACCGACAUUGAUGCGGAAUUGAUCUAUGCCCGUCUUGCCUGGACAAAUACACUCGACAAGGGCGAUUUGGCACUGCCCGUCGCCGCUCUUCGCAUUAAAAAGAAGCCCCAGGAGCUUUGCGAGGAACUGGCUUCUAAGUUCCCCGAGUCCGACCUCGUCCUCCCCCCUACUGUUAAUGGCCCUCAUCUUCAAUUCUUCUGCCGUCCAUCUCCUCUGGCUAAGACUGUUCUUGGUCGUGUCUUGACCGAGAAGGCCGCCUAUGGUACAAAUGGAAACAUUGGUCUCAAGGACCCCAAGGACCCCUCCAAGGGCCAGAAGAGAAUCAUCAUUGAGUUCUCUUCGCCUAACAUCGCUAAGCCCUUCCACGCUGGUCACCUGCGCAGCACUAUCAUUGGUGGUUUCCUCGCCAACCUCUACACUGUUUUGGGAUGGGAUGUAAUCAAGAUGAACUACCUUGGUGAUUGGGGUAAGCAGUACGGUCUGCUGGCCAAUGGAUUCAAGUACUUCGGUAACGAGGAGGCUUUGCAGAAGGAUCCCAUUAACCAUCUUUUCGAGGUGUACGUCAAGGUCAACGGUCUGGUCAGCGAACAAGACGCCCCAAUUAAGGCGCUGAAGGAGCAAAUCAAGCUGAAGAAGGAGAAGAACGAGGAUGUCUCUUCUGAAGAAGCUGAGCUCGCCAAGCUUGUUGAUGUUAGCGAGGACGAGAAGGCCCGUCGCUACUUCAAGAGCAUGGAGGACAGUGAACCCGAGGCACUGGCUCUGUGGCGCCGAUUCCGUGAUCUCAGUAUCGCCAAGUAUAAGCAGACCUAUGCUCGCCUGAACAUUGACUUCGACGUCUACUCCGGCGAAUCUCAGGUCAAGAACGAGAGCAUGACCAAUGCCUACAAGACUAUGGAAUCCGCUGGUGUUGCAGAGAAGUCCGAGGGAGCCGUCAUCGCCGACUUCACUAAGCAUGGCGCUAAGAAGCUCGGCAAGGCUAUUAUUGUCCGCAAGGAUGGCACUCCUCUUUACCUUACCCGUGAUAUCGGUGCUAUUACCGAGCGUGAUGAGGCUUACCACUUCGAUAAGAUGAUCUACGUUGUUGCCGCUCAGCAAGAUCUGCACCUUGCUCAGCUUUUCAAGAUCACCGAACUGAUGGGCCGCAAGGACCUCUCCGACCGUUGCGAGCACAUCAACUUUGGUAUGGUCCACGGUAUGAGCACUCGCAAGGGUACCGUGAAGUUCUUGGACGACAUCCUGCGGGAUGUUGGUGACAAGAUGCACGACGUUAUGAAGAGCAACGAGGUCAAGUACCAACAGGUUGCGAACCCCGUCCAAACUGCUGAUACUCUUGGUAUCACCGCAGUCAUGGUUCAAGAUAUGACUGGCAAGCGUGUCAACGGCUACACUUUCAACCUGGAGGCCAUGACCUCGUUCGAAGGUGACACUGGCCCUUACCUGCAAUACGCCCACGCUCGUCUGUGCUCCAUGGGCCGCAAGUCUGAACUUGACCUCGACGACCUUGCCUCCGCCAACUUCGAUCUCCUUACCGAACAACAUGCCACUGAUCUCAUCCGUCUCCUUGCCUCAUGGCCAGACGUUCUCGUCAACACUUACAAGACUCUUGAGCCCGUCACCGUGCUCUCUUACUUGUUCCGCAUGACCCACAUGCUGAGCUCCAGUUACGAUGUGCUUAAGGUUAUUGGCAGCGAGCCUGAUGUCAAGAAGGCCCGUAUGGCCCUUUAUGCUGCUGCUCGCCAGGUCCUGCACAACGGUAUGCGUGUACUUGGCCUUAACCCUGUUGAACGUAUGUAA